AUGGUGUUGUACCUCGAUUAUGUGACGCUUGAUGUCUUCACUUCAAGCGCUUUCAAGGGGAAUCCAUUGGCCGUGGUUUUUCUUCCGAGGCUUAGUUCGGAACGCGUUACCCGAGACCAGAUGCAGGCCAUUGCUCGAGAAUUCAAUUUUUCGGAGACCAUAUUUGUCUACCCGGUCUCCCCGAUGACUCCUUCAAAGCGCAGAAUCGAUAUCUUUAUGACCACAAAGGAGCUUCCUUUCGCUGGCCAUCCGACCAUUGGUGCCGCAUCAUGGCUCCUUCGUUUAUCGCCAUGCCGAGAAGAACAGGCUGAAUUGAAAGCCCUUACAACUAAAGCUGGUGAUAUUCCAAUCUCACAAAUGGCGGCAUCGUCACUUGUUUCGGCCUCCAUUCCGCAUGAAUUCCACCUUCAUAAGACGCGAUUUCCCUUGUCGGAGCUUCUGCGACUACAUCCCACCCUCGGCCAGUUUCUGCAGACCAAUGAAUUUGAAAAAGACAGUUUCCCUGUUUUCUCCGUCGUCAAGGGUAUGACUGUGAUUCCUGUUGAGCUUCCGAGCAUCAACGCUUUAGGCGCUAUAGACAUGCCCACUGGCGGUGAAACGAUCAAGACUCUUUCAGCCCUGAAUGGAGGUUACCUCGAUGCUGGCUGGGAUGGCGAAGGGCUCAUCAAUCUUUACUUCUAUGUUCGUGAUGUGCCUGACGGUGGAAAGACAGUGCUUCGUACACGUAUGCUUCUGGGGAAUUUUGAAGAUCCGGCCACUGGCAGCUCUGCCACUGGUCUAGCGGCAUACCUCUCUUUAUUCAGCCAACAGCCUGCAGACAAUUUGGUGUUUGACUAUGAGAUUGUGCAAGGAGUUGAGAUGGGACGCAAGAGUAAUAUUGGUGUUCAUGUUGUGCUUUGUCGCGAUAAAAAGGGGAUCGAAGAGGUGAAACUCAUUGGAGGAGCUGUCCAGGUAUUCUCGGGCCAAAUUCGAUUGGAUUGA